UGUGAAUUCGGGCCACUAUGUCGCAUGCUUAAAUAAACAGAAUACGUUGAACUUGAAUGAUAUUGAGCGUAUAAUAAAACGUGUUUGUUCGCGUAUUCAGGGCGACAUAUGUACAAAGAUGGCCACUGUCAGCUCUGUGAUUAGAAAUAGAAAUGAUGAAUUACGGCAUGAAAUCUUGUCGUACAAACCGGGAAAUGCCGUACCCUGUGAUGAUGAACGAGUGGUGUUUCCUGAUAAGCUUGUCAUCAGUAUGAUAUGUCCGCAUGGGCAUGUGCCCGGCAUAGUCCCUGCUCUGAGGCGCGCUCUGGAAGGAGACGCAAGGUAUAGCAAGCUUGCUGAUAAACGUCGUCAAACAUCUACUAAGAAUGAGGAGGAAUAUAUCACCGAUUUCAUAUCUGUCAUCACGAAAUAUGUCACAUUUUCUGAAUUGAGAGAUUAUAUACAAUACCUUACUGGGAGGGUCGGAUGUGUGGUGAUGUUAGUUGACUUCAGCCGGACUCAUAGUUUAUUUUACCAACAAUGGAUCAGUUUGGUGAAGACGAUUACAGAUCGCAUCCCUUCAUGUGCCAUGCUUACUUUCGGCGGAAGUGAAGACACCAAUGAGGCAAUAAAUAAACUAAAGGAGCUCGGGGUCAUUCACAUCUAUGAAGUUCCAUGUUCUGAUCACGUUUCUUCAGAUGAGGAACAGUUGAAAUUGCUAAUACUUCUACAUGGAUGCCUCCAAGAAGGUGACAGAGUGUUAGCAAUUAAUGAACUGACAAAAAUAUGCACGAAUCCAAGAUGUAGGUUGCUCUAUGAGAAAACCAAGAAAGAGAUGAAAGAAGCAAAUCAGAAGAUGGUCAAAGAGGUCGAAGAACGCAGACACGAAAUUCAGGAGCUGAAAUGGAAACUCGAGUCUACUUCUAAUGAGCAUCGUAUGGAGCAACUUGAGCGUGAGAACGGGAAACUGAGAACCACAAUUCAACUAGAAAGUGAGAUACGAUCAGCAGAGCAGAAGAGGAAAGCAGAAACACCUCGAUGGAUGCAAAGUUUGAUUACCUGGACGAAUUCUGGAAAGCUUGAACAGAGUGUAUAUUCCAACGUGAAACUACCCAAUGAUGAGUUUGCAGAAAUCUUGAAGCAGAUAGCUGACGAUCUUUCCGAUGAGGCCAAAAUCGAUAGCUUGGGUAGUCAGCUUGGAAUCCUACAGGGUGAUAUAGCAAGAGCUCUCAAAACCAACAUGAGAUACGAACAGGUCACUAGUAGAGGAACCCAUCUCAUGCUGAAACAAUGGAGAAGAGGUGUGUCCAGGGAAGAUGAACGGAUGGAACUGAGGAGGGCGCUUGUGGCUGCCAAAUUGCUAGACCUUGCUGACCGUUAUAUUCCACAAGGAACAGGAACAGGAACAGGACCAGGACCAGGACCAGGACCAGGACACUCUCAGAAAAUGGAAGAUUCUCACCAGCUAUCCAGGAUAGAUAGCACAUCUGCAGCGCAAUGUUCCUCAGGAGGACAAACCAGCGUGUCUUCUAACGAGCCGUUUGGAGAGGGAACUAACACAUCUGAUGAAGAGGGUGUAGAAGAUAACGGCAUCAACUAUAGCGACUUGCUCUCUAACAUCGCCUUGACCGAGACAUCUUCGGAGAAUCUAGUGAUGCUUUUAUUCAUAAAAGUAAUCAUUGAUGUUCGUCAAAAAGCCUUUAAAGAAUAAACCCUUUCGGACAACCUUUAUUGUGACUGUAUAUAUAUUUUCUACACAUUUAUAUGUGAAUUUAACUUGCUUAAAGAUUAACCAUAGUGACAAUUACAAAACUUUACAUUGGCAGGUGAACAACUAUGACUAUACCGAGAUAUGAUUCUCCUGGAUCUUGUAUACUCAUGUUUAUGUUACCAUUAUGCUUCCUAAAUACAAAUGUUGGAUAGUCUAACAGAUUAAUACGAUUCUUUUAAAGUAUUAAUACUGAGGUGCCCUUAAAAACAAAUUCUAUUCCUAUGCAAUAGUAAGGUAUAACAUAACAAUAUUUUGACAUACGGAUAGUCAAAUACAUAAAGUCUAUGUGAUGUUCACGCUCGUACGCCUGCGUCCUCACAGUAAUGAGGGCUUAAAAAUAUAAUGUAAAAAACUGUAAGUGACUUAAUCAAAGUAACAAAAACAUAAUUCUCUUAUUAAGACUUUACUUUAAAUUACAAACAAAUAAGAUAUCAUUUUGUUCUCCCCAAUAGUAUUUGGAGUGAUUAUUAUACCUUUAAAUGUGAAUGCCUAUAUUUCAUGUGCAAAUGCAAAGGUUGCCUUAUAUUAUGUGUACGUUAUCAGUACACAUGACAUAAGAAUAAUAAAGGUUUCGGAAACGUAAGGAAAACAUAGAUAUUAAUUUUACUAUAUACUAUCAACUAUGAAAUUGUAAUUAUCUCAUGCAUAGCAGAUUAUUGAAGUAUGUGUAGUAUAGGUAGAAAAUGCACGAUUUAUAUUUAAAUGUUACACUCUGCUUUUUUAGAAGACUCACUGUCCGUGGCCAUUAUGAUAAACUGUGAUAUAUCUCUGUAUAAGUAUGAUCUAUCUUGUACCAC